AUUACCACCAUUUCAUUAGAACAAGCCCGGAUGUCAUUGUAUUUAAAUGACUUAAAAAGAAUUGAUAUUUCUACCAGGUCUCUCGAAGAAGUACAUGGAGAAACCUGGGAAGAUCAGGUCAUAUAUAUUAGGGAUAAGAUGUGUCAAAAUCGUCUUGAUCAGGUCUCCCUUCUUCAAUAUUAUUAUCUUUUGGGAGAAUGGUUGGAAGCUCAAUUUUGGAGUUCAGCUGCUAGAACAUUUAUUCGAAUUAAUUUUUCAAUUAGUGCUUAUCGUUAUACAUGGAAAGCAGCUUCACGCAUAUAUCAAUUGUAUUAUACCCGAGGUACUCAUAACCUUCUUACUGUUCAAAAUAUUAUUGCCAAUGCUUUAUUACGAUUGUCUGACAAAAAUUUUAAAGCAUUGGUAGAAGAGGCAUGA